AUGGCGGCCUCUGCCAGGAAGCUGCUGCCUACGGAGAAAUACGGGGUCGACCCUUUCUUCUGGACCUACAUCGUCGUCUCAGUCCUCAUUGUGGCGGUGGCCCUGUUCUUGAUUACCAAGCCGUACUGGGAACAGCGUUGGUUGAUUGAGAAAAUCAAUGCGCAGAAGCUGAAGUUCAUCACCCAAGAGAAGGAGGUCACUCCCAUUGACCAGUUCAAGCUUGGGUGCAUGUACAACUCACUCAAAGACUUUCCCAGUGCUCUGGCAGAGUUCGAAGAAGUCGAGGAGGAUUUUGAUGAGGUGCGAUACAGCUUGGACUCCGAGGAUGCCAUGGGAGCUCUGGCGGCUCGUGCCCAACUCCACAAUAGCAAAGGCUUUGCCCUGAUGAAGUUGGAGCCACCACGAACUGCCCAAGCAAGACGAGAAUUCGUCCGGGCAGUGACGUAUUGGCCUGAAUAUCCGGAGGCGUUGAUCAACAUUGGCAAAGAGCUGAUGAAGCGAAAACGAUUUGAUGUCGCCGUCCGCACCCUGAACACGGCGUUGAAGUGGCAACCGGGAAAUGAGCAAUUCUCAGAGUAUGCAGAUCAGGCGCGGAAGGCCAUGGAUGGUGAGCUCUCAAAGGAGGAGAUGGACAAGAUGGCUGCGUAG